UCCCCUGCAGGCAGGCAGGCAGGCAGCUCAGCGGAGGCGCGUCUCUCCAUCCUCAGCAGCAGCUCUAUGGGGACACGCACAGUCACACUUUAGCCGCUGCUGACCACCAUCCACUGCAGGCUGUUUAAACGACUUUCAAACUUUCUCUAAAGUGGAAUAUGAUACAUCAUUUUUUUUGAUGGAUUGAUAAUGAGGCAGUAGGAUAAUCGUUAUUUCUACAGUAACGUUAUUAAUUGGACUUUGAUGUUGGCUCUGUCCUUGUCUUUUGUCGGAUGAUGGCGCAGACACUGUCCGUCAUUCCACUACUGGGCAUUAUUCUAGAAAUCACUUGCUUUGCUGCAGCUGAACUGCGAUUUAUACCUGAUCCACCAACGCUCAACAUCUAUGGCAUCCAUAGGAUGAACAAAUCUGACAGCCUUGAGCUAACAUGCAGAGGUCGGCAGUAUCUGAGGUGGACGAGCCCUGCUAUAAGCACUCGCUUUUCUAUUAGUGACUGUAGCGGAUCAGGACUGUUCUGCACGAGGCUGACAAUCACCAAUGCAACUGUCAAUGAAACUGGACAGUAUCAGUGCUCCUACAAAGGCCUGAAAGUUGAAGAUGGCAAGACCUCAGCAGCAGUUUAUGUGUUUGUCCAAGACUACAAGGUGCCAUUUGUGCCAUCUGAAAAAGAAUAUGAGGUGGUGUUUAUCCGUGAAGGAGAGCGGGUGGUGAUACCAUGCCGAGGCUCAGUGGAGAAUCUCAAUGUCACACUUAACAUCAAGUAUCCAAUAAAGGAGUUUCAUCCGGAUGGGAAGGAUUCUGUGUGGGAUGCCAGGACAGGCUUCACUGUUCCCACUCAUCUGAUCAGCUACGCUGGUGUCGUGUCCUGCCAAACUCGUAUUGGAAAUGAGACGUUUAAGUCCCCCCUCUACAUUGCGGCUGUUGUCGGAUAUAAGAUUUAUGACCUCACCCUGACCCCUGACAAUGUAAGGCUCUCUGUGGGGGAGCAGCUAGUGCUCAGAUGCACUGCCCACACAGAACUCAACGUGGGCAUCGAAUUCAACUGGACCCACUCUGGUGGGGCUCUGACUUCUGUCAAUGGCUCGAGGCAACCCCACACAAUUCCCCACAAGAAGAAGCUGUGGAACUCUCUGGAGCUGUCAAACACACUGAUUGUGGAGAACGUGACGGUGGCUCACGGCGGAGAAAUCACCUGCACUGCUUCGAGCGGGCAGAUGGAGAAAAGUGCUUCAGUAUUUCUUACAGUUUAUGAAAAGCCCUUCAUUGAUGUGGAAGAACCCUGGACUAAGGUGUGGGAAGUAAAUGUGGGAGAACCAUCUACAAACAUCCCUGUGAAGUACUCAGCUUACCCUGAUCCCAGCAUUAAAUGGUUAAAAAAUGACGUCCCACUGGAUGACUACAGAAUAAAACAGAAAAGCGAUGCCCUCAACAUCCGCGAAGUUAAAGAAACAGAUGCUGGGAUCUACACAGUUAUCCUCACCAAUAAAAAUACAAAAGAGGAAGAGAGACGCUCUUUCCAGCUGCUGGUCAAUGUUCCUCCUCGUAUCAUCGAGAAGGAGAUGGCGGUGGACACUGAUGUGUACGUUUACGGCAGCAGCACGACUCUGAGCUGCACCGCUCGUGGAUUUCCCAUACCUACACACAUCCAGUGGGAGUGGAUGCCCAAAGAGGACUGCCCAGAAGCCUUCAUGCAAGUCAACUCGUUAGUGUCAAGGUUUGUUAAGUCUGAGUCGCAGCUGAAAGAGUGCACAAAUUGGAGAGAUAUCAGCAACAGGACAGGUCACAACCAUGUACAACCAAUUACAACUGACACUGAUCAAGCUCAAAAGAAAAUCAAGAGCUCUUUAAAGAUUCAGAAAGCUGAGGCUCACGCCCUCUACAGAUGCACGGCUACCAACAAAGUAGGCAAGGAUUCACGUGUCAUCUUUUUUCAUGUAACACGUGGCCUCGAGGUGACUAUGUCCCCCUCUAACAAGCCAUUGGAGGAGGACCACGUUAUUCUGCGGUGUAAGGCGGACAGACUGAUCUACGGCAACCUCACCUGGUUUCGCGUGACCAAUGUUUCCAAGUCAGAGCAGGUAGCAUCGGUGCAGCCUUGUCGCACCCUGACUCUGCGGCCUAGUCCACUGUCGCACACCACGCUGACCACCCAGCAGGGCACCAAUGUGACUCUGGAGCUAUCACUUCGCAAUGCGUCCCAUCAGGAUGAGGGUCUGUAUGCCUGUCAGGUGGUAAACGUCAUCACUGGGGAGAAAACAUGCAUGCUACGCAGUGUUUCUCUCAGAGACCUUGAGGCUCCAAGGAUCCUGACUAAUUUCACAGACCACAAAGUUAUGAUAAGUACAACAAUCACUUUGGACUGCUUGGCUGCUGGGACACCAAACCCAACUGUUGUGUGGACCAAAAACAACCACACCGUUGUCGAGAGCUCAGGUGUUACUGUGAAUCAGCAGAACCACAGUCUGACAAUCCAGCGCGUGACGAAGCUCGACAGCGGUCUGUACACCUGCACAGCAUGUAACAACCUUGGGUGUGACACAGCACAGGCCUCUUUGAGUACCGAAGGUGCAGAAGAGAAGACUAAUGUAGAGCUGAUUGUUCCUAUCGGGUCAGUGGCCAUCGCUAUGUUUUUCUGGUUGCUGAUCGUCUUCGUCAUCCGUGGGAGAAAGAGACCAAAUGGAGUGGAUCUGAAGACAGGCUACCUCUCCAUGAUCCUUGACGCAGAGGACAUGCCCAUGGAUGAGCAGUGCGAGAGGCUCACCUACGAUGCUAACAAAUGGGAAUUCCCUCGGGAAAGGCUGAAGCUUGGUGAGCCGCUGGGACGAGGGGCAUUUGGCCAGGUGGUAGAAGCGGCUGCGUUUGGCAUUGAGAAAGUGACCACAUGCACCACAGUUGCAGUCAAGAUGCUUAAGGAGGGAGCCACAUCGAGUGAGUACCGCGCCUUGAUGUCAGAGCUAAAAAUUCUCAUCCACAUUGGACAUCAUCUCAAUGUGGUCAACCUGCUGGGAGCCUGCACGAAACCUGGGGGACCACUGAUGGUGAUUGUUGAAUUCUGUAAACAUGGGAAUCUCUCCAGCUACCUUAAGAGCAAGCGCGGAGAGUACAGCCCCUACAAGAGGAAGCGAGUAAAUAGCCAGAGGUGGAUGUCUGCAGAGGAGGAUGUGACUGAAGGAGAUCUGGGUCUGGGGAAGAUUGCCCAGCUGGACAUCUGCACAGGAACAGCAGUCUGCUCCAUCACUUCAGAUGGGGCUUUGGGCAGCAACAUGGACUCUCAGAAAGAGAGUUCAGAUGAUGACCAUCUAACCAUGGAAGACCUCAUAAGCUAUAGCUUCCAGGUGGCCAAAGGAAUGGAGUUUCUGUCUUCUCGCAAGUGCAUCCACAGAGAUCUAGCAGCCAGAAACAUCCUUCUUUCAGAAAACAAUGUGGUGAAGAUUUGUGACUUUGGCCUCGCUAGAGAUGUCUACAAAGACCCGGAUUAUGUCCGCAAAGGAGACGCACGUCUCCCUCUGAAGUGGAUGGCUCCUGAGACCAUAUUUGACCGAGUUUACACCACACAAAGUGAUGUUUGGUCUUUUGGCGUCCUUCUCUGGGAGAUCUUUUCCUUGGGUGCUUCUCCUUAUCCGGGUGUUUGCAUUGAUGAAUCAUUCUGCAGGAGGCUUAAGGAAGGUACCAGGAUGAGACCCCCAGAAUAUGCCACCACUGAGAUAUACCAGACCAUGUUGGACUGCUGGCUGGAUCGUCCCACAGACAGGCCAACAUUUACCGAACUGGUUGAACACCUGGGAAACCUGCUACAGGCCAGUGCCCAGCAGGAUGGGAAGGACUACAUACCUCUGACAGCAGGUGAAGCAGAAGAAUGCCAAGCAGCCCCUGACCCCAGGAGACCCUACAGCAGGCCCCAAAGUGGGGAAAUCCUUGAAGCCCGGCUUAACUAUGACAACCCAUCAUCCCUUGGAGUGUCCCAGCAUAGUGAGAAGUGCAGCCGUCCCCUCAGUGUGAAGACAUUUGAGGACAUCCCUGUGGCGCAUAGCAGUGUAAUGGAGGGUCACACAGACAGUGGUAUGGACUUCUCACCAGAGGAGAUGAAGGGGUUGAAUCAACAUCUCCCAACCACACCCAACUUAAGCCAGCUGCUGCGCUGCAAGAGUAAAGAGUCUCUGGCCUCCGAGUCAUCCAAUCAGACGAGUGGAUAUCAAUCAGGGUACCACUCUGAUGACACAGACACCCCGAUCUAUGCCAACGAGGAGAUCAUCAUGAAGCACAAAAUGCUGAAGAAGCCUCCUCUGCCCAAGACGCCUGACACAUUCAAUACGGAGAUUCGCUACAGCACGCCGCCUGUCUGACCCCACCUUUCCCCCAGCGACUUUAACACCGAGUCUUUUUUUUAGUGCACAGUAUUUGUUUUCCCUCUGCAGGUAUAGCACGCUAGAAACGAUACAUGCAAUAGAACUUCACAUGUUCACUGUGGCGCUGAGACAUUUUCACAAGCGAUAACAUAAUUAUUCAGCAGGGAAAAAUGAAGGUUGUAUGAUAAGUUUGUAAGAACCGCUCUCUUUGGACAGCCGGAGAAAUGCUAUCGUGUUUACUCAGCGAGUAAAAAACAAAUGUCUAAGGUGCCCAAAAGCGAAGGAACGCCUACUUCCUGAGACACAAUCCACUCACUUCCUGUAAAACAGGAAAUGGCAUCUGGAAUUUUUUUUUUUUUUUUAGUUAAUUAAACCAGCGAAUAUUUUUCUUUCAUUCUUUUUCUUUUCUUUCUUUUCUUUUUUUUUGGGUCGGUAAGGAGGCAGUUCUCUGAUAUCAAUAUUUUUAAAUUCACAUUUGUACAGUUUCUUUAUUCAUAUUACUUGCAGUAUUGAAAGUACAUUAAUAAAGCAGCAUUAAAUGUAAGUAGUUUUAUAAAAUAAAAAUAUUCAUAGAUUAAA